AAAAAGAAAACGUCAACAUUUAUUGCCUCUCUCUCUCUCUCUCUAACUCUACUUUCCCCACCGUCUCCCGAUUUCCUUUCUCUCUCUAUAUAUAUAUACGGUGCGGCCCUACCCCUAGGAUUCCUGGCCGGAUUGAAGUCCUGCAACAGUGGGGAUGGCGGUGGAGGGUUCAUCCGCGGCGGCAUCUGCUAGAUCUGGAGGACCCGGUGGGGCAUCCGCGAAUUCCUACAUCGGCAGCUUGAUUAGCCUCACUUCCAAGAGCGAGAUCAGAUACGAAGGCAUACUCUACAACAUCAACACCGAAGAGUCCAGCAUCGGCUUGUGCAACGUGAGAUCGUUUGGAACAGAAAGACGGAAUAAGGAUGGCCCACAAGUCCCUCCUAGCGACAAAAUCUAUGAAUACAUACUAUUUAGAGGAAGCGACAUCAAGGAUUUACAAGUAAAAGCUUCUCCACCAGUACAAACUACACCAUCCAUAAACAGCGAUCCUGCAAUUAUCCAGUCUCAUUAUCCUCGCCCUGCAGCCCCACCCACAACCUUGCCUCCAGCCCCAACCGGGGGAGCUUUAGGCGAUCUUGGUUCUCAUUCUACUCAAACCGGACUUCCCGGUUCAAAUUUUCAAAGCGGCGUACCUUUAUAUCAACCUGGAGGAAACUUGAAUUCGUGGGGACCUGCUCCACCAAAUGCUAACAAUAGUGGAAUGGCCGUACCUAUGUAUUGGCAGGGAUUUUACGGCGCACCCAGUGGGCUACCUCAAUUGCCUCAACAGUCAUUGCUCCGACCACCUCCUGGCUUGUCGAUCCCUCCUUCCAUGCAGCAGAUGCAAUUUUCUGGUUUCAAUACAUCUUUGCCGACAACAGGAUCGAGUGUUCCCGGUUCUGGUUUGCCAGAUUAUCCUUCUUUGGUUCCCAACAACACAAGUGCCGCUAGUUUAACAUCCAGUACCUUACCGGCUUCAUCUCUGCCUUUGAAUGUCCCGCCGCUAUCUUCUGUGUCCUUACCUGCAUCUGAAACAACCAAUCUGUUGCCGAACAAGCCUCUCGCCCCUACCAUCCCAUCAUCAGUGCAAAACUCUAGCUUGCCACCAUUGUCUGCGCUUUCUACUUCUUCGGUUCCUGAUAGUGUGGGAAUGCCUCCAAUUGGUAACAAAUCUAGUGCAGCUCCUGGUCCGGUGGCUUUACCUCAGGCGACUGCGUCUCAGACAGUAACAUCUGCUUCUGGAACUUCCGGUUCUGUUGUUAUGGAAUCACUGACACCUUCACUUAUAACCCCGGGCCAGCUGCUGCAGCCUGGACCUUCUACGGCUUCUGCACCCCAACCUUCACAGACAGCAAUGCAUAAAGAUGUGGAAAUUGAUCAUGUGUCGCCAACGCUUUCGGUGCCUGUGGCAACUGAAGCUCAACCUCCAAUCUUGCCAUUGCCCCCGAGCACAAGAGCUUACAAGCCCAAUGCAGGUACUUAUCACAUGCGAAAUCAUUAUAGAGGGCGUGGUGGAAGAGGACUUGGGAUGUCACGCCCCGUGACGGAAUUCGCAGAAGAAUUUGAUUUUAUGGCUAUGAAUGAGAAGUUCAAAAAGGACGAAGUUUGGGGUCACUUGGGAAAAAGUAACAGAUCCAAAUCGAAAGAUAAAGAAGGAAAUGGAAGUGACAGUGAAGAAGAGAUACCCGACGAGGAUGACAGCGAAUUGCCGAAGAUCAAGUCCAAGGCUGUCUACAACAAGGAUGACUUCUUCGAUUCCCUGUCUUGCAAUUCGCUCGACAACAAUCCCAAUCAUGGUAGAACUCGGUAUUCGGAGCAAAUGAAGUUGGACACUGAGACGUUUGGUGAUUUUUCGAGGUACCAUGGCGGUCGCGGUGGGCGUGGCCCAGGUCGCGGUGGCGGUCGGUUCCGUGGUUCAUACUACGGAAGGGGUAACGGCGGAUACAACAGCUACCAUAUGGGUAGGGGCCGCGGCGGCCGUGGCAUGCCGGGCCGUGCUUCCUAAACCAGUCGGGAAUCGAUUUUUAAUUUUUAUGCAAAAAAGCGGAUCGGGAUUGCAACGGUACUUGCUUUAGAACUUUACCCUUUAUGUCUAUGAAUUUCUGUUUCGAUUAUGUGUGUGAAACCGAGAGAAAGUUAGAUAUGCGACGGUAUAUGAUCUUUUGUUGCCGCCCUGCCCUGAUCGAACCUUUCUUCCGCCUUGUCCCCCGUUUGUUCGUUUAUUUGAUGUUUCGGGUAAAAAAUACGGGUCUGAGUCGAUAUAUUUCCCAUUCCGUUGGUUUGGGUUUUCGUCGGGAGGCUGUGUAAAAGUAGAAUGAUGUGUAGUAUGUGUUGUUGGAAGGUAAGAAGGGUAAAAGGGCAGUGGCUAGUGAAGUUGUGUGAUGAAUUCUUGUUAUGAUCGAUCUUUGCUUGCAUAUUUCUUUCUUGGGAUUUUUGCAAAU